UUCAGUCAGUCAGGUGCAGACAGUUGACGUGUUCGGUUGACCAAAGCGGAAGUGUGCAUCGACUGUGUCGAUAUUUGUGACCAAAAAAGAACUGACAAACUCACAAGCGCACACACACACUUGCUCACGAGAGAGAGAGAGCGAGAGAGAAGAGCAGUGAGCAAGAGAGACAAACAAACAGCCGACAUGAAUGCCACAUACAACAAAAUCUGAGAUACGUCGGUGGAAAAUGUGAAUUAUAAUUGCGCGGAAUAUAAAAAGGGGCAACACAAAAAAUAGAGCAACAACAACAGCAAUAGCAACAAAAAGACAGCGAACGACAAUUGUCAAUGCGCCGCGCCGCGUGUGUGUGUGAGUGUCCCGACGAGCCAGUGCCUGUGUGUGUGUGUGCGAGUGUGUGAGAGAGCGAGUGCUGGGGCCCUCCCCACUCCCUGCCAACCAGUGCCCGACAAAAGUGUGAGUGAGUGCCCGUGUCCACAUAUCAGCAGCAGAAGCAGCGACAGUAGCAGAGAAGCAGCGACAGAAUCCAAGCAACGCGCAGCCAAGCAGCAGGAAAAUCAGAAGUCAACGACGACGCCAGCAGAAGAGGCCACACACAUCAGCAGCAGGAGCAGGCUAAGGAGAAGGAGCAGGAGCAGGAAGCUGCGAUCCACACCCAUAUCUAAGCACCGAAGGCCACACACAGCAGGAGAAAGACACACCGAGGCCUAGCCAUGGGCAGUGGACACUAUUUCUGGGCGAUUUUUUACUUUGCCAGCCUCUGCAGUGCUUCACUAGCAAAUAAUGCCAAAAUAAAUUUCCGAGAAAAGGAGAAAAAAGUCUUAGAUCAAAUUUUAGGUGCAGGCAAAUACGACGCACGUAUCCGACCAUCCGGAAUCAAUGGCACAGAUGGUCCCGCCGUUGUGCGCGUCAACAUAUUCGUACGAAGUAUAUCGAAAAUCGAUGAUGUGACUAUGGAGUACAGUGUUCAGUUAACAUUCCGAGAGCAAUGGACGGAUGAGCGUCUGAAGUUCGACGAUAUUCAGGGUCGGCUCAAAUACCUCACACUGACGGAGGCGAACCGAGUCUGGAUGCCGGAUCUUUUCUUCUCAAACGAGAAGGAGGGACACUUUCACAACAUAAUCAUGCCCAAUGUGUAUAUACGCAUAUUUCCCAACGGUUCAGUUCUGUACAGUAUACGUAUCUCGCUGACAUUGGCUUGUCCAAUGAAUCUCAAACUAUAUCCAUUGGAUAGACAGAUAUGUUCAUUGAGAAUGGCCAGUUAUGGCUGGACCACAAAUGAUUUGGUGUUCCUUUGGAAGGAGGGUGACCCGGUGCAGGUCGUUAAGAAUUUACACCUACCUCGCUUCACUUUGGAGAAGUUUCUGACUGAUUACUGUAACAGUAAAACCAACACGGGUGAAUACAGUUGCCUCAAAGUCGAUCUACUAUUCAAGCGAGAAUUCUCAUAUUACUUAAUACAAAUUUAUAUACCAUGCUGUAUGUUGGUCAUUGUAUCAUGGGUAUCAUUUUGGCUGGAUCAAGGCGCAGUGCCAGCGCGUGUGUCAUUGGGUGUCACCACUCUUUUGACCAUGGCAACACAAACAUCGGGCAUUAAUGCAUCACUGCCACCAGUAUCCUAUACGAAGGCGAUUGACGUAUGGACCGGCGUCUGUUUGACCUUCGUGUUCGGGGCAUUGCUUGAGUUUGCCUUAGUGAACUAUGCAUCCCGUUCAGGUUCGAAUAAAGCUAACAUGCAUAAGGAGAAUAUGAAAAAGAAGCGCCGAGAUCUGGAGCAGGCCUCCCUGGACGCCGCUUCAGAUCUGCUUGAUACAGAUAGCAAUGCAACCUUCGCAAUGGCAUCGCAAUUUCAACGCGGUGUCGGCCAACAGAAACCGCUGGUGCGCCAUCCCGGCGAUCCUCUGGCCCUCGAGAAGCGUCUCCAGUGCGAGGUGCAUAUGCAGGCACCCAAGCGACCCAAUUGCUGCAAGACUUGGCUAUCGAAAUUCCCCACAAGAUCGAAGAGAAUCGAUGUAAUAUCACGGAUCACCUUCCCGCUGGUCUUUGCCCUGUUCAACUUGGUCUACUGGAGCACAUAUCUCUUCAGGGAGGAGGAGGAUGAGUAAAUGCCGUUGCCAAUACUUAAAUUUAAUACUUAAAAAAAACCUAUAAACUUAAAAAAAUGAACAGCAAAUGUAACCGAACACACAUGGGAAAGGAUUGUACUAACCUAUUCUUUCAAUUCUUUUUCCAUUCUUUCCAAAAACUUUUGGUUCCCAUUUGGAUUAAUUUUCAUGCUCUUUUUGUGUUGCGUUUUGUGUUUUCCAAAUGAUUUGUUGAACCUCAAAUAAAAAGGACCUUCUAAGGACCGCGAACGGCUAUGUAGAAUCCAAAACAAGAGAGAGAGAGAGAACGAGGGGCGCAUUCCCCCUCAGUACAGAAACAGAACAGAGUUAUAGGCAAGGCUUCAAGGCACUUCCAUUAAAGAUUAAAAUGAUAAUUCGAAUGACGUUGGAAUGAUGAUUAUUAAAAAUUAAUUCUUAAGCUCAAUUGAUGAUCCAAAAGUGUGACUGCAUAGUAGUUAAUGUUAUUAAUAAUUAUAGAAAAAACAACACACAAACACACACACACACCUACACAACAAUUGUUUGAGUUAGACUAGUUCAAAAUAAAUUUAAAAAAACAAAUUAAAAAAUGACAAUUGAUUUGUACUUAAAAACAAAAUUUGAUAAGUUUAGCCCUAAAUCGUAAAUCCUAGGAUCAGAGGUCGAACCAUCGACCAUCUUUUGUACAUACGAAUGAAUACGAAUAAGUUUUAAGCGAAACAACCAAAACAAAUCUCUAGUUUAAAAACAAAUUCGAAUUGUGUAAAGAGCAUUGUGUAGAUAUUUACUAAGUUUAGUCGAUAAACCCGAAGCGGAAGCUAAACGAACAACUCUAGGUAAAAAAAUCCAAUAAAAUUAUAUGUUCAUUCAUCGAAAAGAAGAGAUCGAAUAAAACAAUCGUACGAAGAAAAUCAUCUGCAAAGCACACAAUGAAAAAAGUAUAAUCAAGAAGUAUUUUUAUUUUAAGGCCAAACUAAGAGAAAAUGGUUUAUGUGGUGGGUAUUUUUGCAUCCUUUUUCCUAGAACUCCUAGAACUAUACUUUGAAGCCUGCUUUCGAGUUUUGAGCAUUUGUUAAAGUAGUUUUACAAUAUUUAAUACUAUGUAAAUUAUUAUGGGAGUACUCGUUGUCCUGAAUUCUUAUUUGAUUUAAACACUAGCCUUUUAUUACAUUUUUCCUUCUGUAUUCUGGGUCCCAGCGGCUCCUUUUAGCUAUAGUUUACUUCCCCGUUUUCCUUAAGUAGAGUUAAUAAUAAAAAUCUAUAACAACUAAAACCAAUUAAACAGACAAUACAAAUACGUAAUCGAAUAUCGAAUCGGUUCGAUAACCGACAUAUAGAGCCACCACCAUAUAGAGAGUUCUUUACCAAUAAUCCAAAAAAUUAAACCAAAUUUUUUUGGUUUUUUAAGUGCCUUUUUUCAUACGAAUAAACCACUUCCAAGACAUCCCCCCUCGCCCCUUUUGAUGCACUAACAGCUUUAACUUUUAGCCAAAAAAUACUAACAAAAGUACUAACUGAAUUCUACAUAGCAACAAUAACAACAACCAAAACAAAAAAACCAGUAAGACACAUAAAAUAUUUCAACUAAAACCGAAUUUUUUUGUAAUUUUUGUAGUUUUUAUGAAUAUUUGUUAUUUCUUAAGCUUGUUUUGUCUUUUACUUUAUUCCUAAGUUCUUUGGAAAUGCUUUUCGAUCACUUUGAACUUUUGCUUUUAAUAUAAUUUCGAUAAAUAAAAGGUAAGAAGAGAAAUUAGAAAAUUACUAAGGAAAACCAAAAAUAAAAAUCAAAAAUCAAUGAAAAAUUCAAAACUUAUGCUAAUAUUUAAAAUAAAAAACACUACACAGAAAAGGGCACCCAUGCAUAAUAAUUGUUGUCAUUCAAAAUCAUAGGCAUACACAAAACUUAAAUGUAAAAGAAAAUUCGAAAUAAACUGAUAGAUCGAUAAAUAUCGAUCGGCGAUCUUUUUCGGUAAAUCAAUAACAUAUUGAUAGAUAAACAUUCAUGUUGUAAAAGUUGUGCCAAAAAACAUUAGUCGAAAGAAUAUCGAACACGAAGCGCUAUUAACGAUUAACGAUUAACGAUAAAAUUAUGAAAGAUGACUAUAGCGAUAACGAUUACACUAUGGCGAUAUUUGUAAUGUAAAUGAAAAGCUAUAGCAAGCUAGCGAAGAAGAUCAAUAAACGAUAACUACAGCGAUAGUUGGUAAUGUAAAUGAAAAAGCUAUUGAACAUACAGGGUUUUAAAAUGUGAGCAUAUAAAUGUUGAAGCAAGAAAUAGGCAGAAGGAGAAGAAUAGCAGAAAAUACUAGAAGAAGAACACGACAAAAAACACACAAUGUUAUCGAUAAUAUAUCGAUCUAAAUAAGCAAGAAGAACAAUUAGGCAUUUAUUUAUAGCGGGGGUUCCAUUAAUUGAGGGGCGUAUUAAGGGUACUUUGGUUGUGUGCUGCUUUCAGUUUAGUCGAUUCUUCGGAUUUUGUCAAUUAUCAUUUAUUUCUAUAGGCAAAUUGUUCAGCAGCAUGGCAGUCCAAUCGAUAGCACAGAUUGUAAAUACGAUAGACACAUGAGACAACUUUAGACUUGGAAGUUUUGAGCAUUAGGUGGAGUAACAAAAAUGGGAAUUCACAGACAGAAGAAAUGUUUAGAUGAUAAGAUUAACGUAUGGAUUUAGAUCUUAAGGAAAAUGGCAUUAACAAUACUAAAAGAAACAAGAAAAACUACAACUGAAGGCAACUCAUUCACACACCAAUCGACACUACCCAACACUCCUGUUCCUGUACACAGAAAUGUUCAAUCUUUGCCACACUAAAAUCGAAAACGAAUCUAAUCUCUGCACAAGAACCCAAGCGAAAAACUUUAGAUAAAGAUCAUGACACAUAUCUUCCAGCAAAGAAUUUCUCGGCCGAAGUUCUCUACAAUCAAAAGACAGAAAAAAAGAUAUUGUAUCUAAAGAAGCAAUGUAAAUAACAACAAACAAA